AUGGAUUUUUCAAAUAAUAACCUUUUUAUUUAUACUUUAGAAGUAUUAUUAAUUGUUUUCUUUAUUGUAUUAUUAGUAAAAUACAAUAUAAUAAAAAAAAAAUUAAAACAACUAAAUAGCAAUAAUAAUAAUAAAAAUAAUAAUAAUAAUAAUAAAAUUAAUAAUAAUAAAAAAAAUAAUAAUCAUUAUCUACUAAUAGUAUUAGUAGAAUAUUUAUUUUUAAUAGUUAAAUUUUUAAUAGUUUUUAUUUUAUUUUAUUCUGUAUAUUUUACAUUUAAUAUAGUAUUAAAUGAUGUAGAUAUUAAAUAUAACCAUCUCUCUUCAGAAGAGAAAUGUAAAGCAUGGGAGCUCUGUAUGGAUAGAGAUCCUCCAAAAUCACUAAAAUUUAAAAUUUUAGCAGAAGUUUUGGAAAGCUCCAUUUCAAGUUUGUCAUAUAAAGCUAUGGCAUUUUUAUUUUUUAUUAUUUGGAUGAUGGUUUGGAUUCCUUGCAAAAUUUUUGAUAACUUUAGAAGUUAUUUAAAUUCAAAUCUUCACCACCAAAUUGAACCACAACCUAAGGCAAUCUUUGUCAAUUUAAUUAUAAGAUCAUUAAUUUACAUCCUCACCGGCAUUCAUCUUGGUCCUCAUCAGCAGCAGCAUUCAUCAGCAGUAUUCGUCUUGGUCCUCGGCAUUAUCAUCAUCAUCAGCAUCCUCACCGGCAUUCGUCUUGGUCAUCAGCAUUAUCAUCAUCAUCAUCAUGAGCAUCCUCACCGGCAUUCAUCUUGGUCCUCAGCAUUAUCAUUAUCAUCAUUCAUCUUGGUCCUCAGCAUUAUCAUCAUCAUCAUUAGCAUCCUCACCGGCAUUCAUCUUGGUCCUCAUCAUCAUUCAUCUUGGUCCUCAGCAUUAUCAUCAUCAUCAGCAUUCAUUUUGGUCCUCAUCAUCAUCACCACCAUCAUCAGCAUUCAUUACCAUCAGCAUUCCUCAUCAUCAGCAUCAGCUUUCAUAAGCAACAGCAUCAUCAACCCUAAAGCUUUAGAAAAGAACUUUUAG